AUGUCUUCUAGAGAUCGCGACGUCGACGUCGACGACGUGCCCAGGGAAAAGCGAUCCUCGAGAACCAAGGGCGACAGGGAGAGAAUCAGGGACAAAGACCGUGACAGGGAGUCCAGACGGCACCACAAGUCCCACAGAUCCUCCAACCCUGUGAUAGCCACAGGCUCCUACGUGUCUCAGUCCGGCUCUGCUCGCCGACACAAACUGAGGGACGCUUCCUCCUCCAAGAGCCGCCUCGAAGAACCCCUCGACGAGAACUCCUCAAUGACUGACCUCGUGCCUGAGUUGAACCGGAGCAGGGACAGAGUCCACAUACCAUAUCCCACCUUCAGCAAGGCCCACAGCAAGGAGUCUGUGACCAGCAAAGAUGACCUCUCGACCAGCUCCGCCGCCGCUCAGGGGACCGGGACCGGCACAGAUCCCUUGACACCCGAGACUACGGACCUUGGCGCAGGCGAGGAUAUCAAGCGGUCAAAGUCGGCUGACUUCGGUUCCAAGAGGAAGCUGUCACGCAAGACCAGCCGCCCUCCGAGUCCACCAGACACAAACCUCUCAGAGGAAAAGAAGAGGUCGACAGGCUCUGUCAGGCUGAAGGACACGGGGGAGGACAGACCGCGGUCGAGGACGUCUCACGCCUCUAGGUCAACCUCCAAGACAGACGAGACAUCCAAGGUCUCUAGGAAGUCCAAGUCAUCCAGCCAGGCCACCUUCGUCAAGUCGUCAGGGUCCAAAGCUGCUUGUGCUGAGACAGACAACCCGGCGGACAGCGAACGUGGCCCGCGAUCUGGAGCUACGUCAGUUGCGACCAAGAGAUCAGUCUCCGGCAAUACGCUCAGGCCGCCCGGGCCCGACCCAAUCGAUGUCAUCGACGACUCUCCGGAGUCCGCUCAGGAAUCCUCCUCCCCAAAGACCCCAACCAACACAACCCCUCAGUUCCCUCCACCCCCGAUGUUCCACGACGACAAGCACGGCAUACCGUAUCACAUGCGCUUUGAACGUCCUCAACAAGUUCCCACACCGGCCACGGACUUUACAGACUUGAGCAACGCACCGUCCGCGCAUCCGCCCCCACCACCUCCCCCGCCCCCUUUGAAUAUCCAGGAGGCUCCUAAGGUCGACUAUCUCAUGCAAAACGGCGGCCUUCCGACUGUUGUGCCAAAGAACUUCCUGGCCGUCUUGCCAAGACAGAAUGGAACGAGGCCUUCAAACCCUCCACUCCGUGGUGCGGAGACGCUCUUUGCGCCAUUCUUCAACCUUCUGGACCAGUAUCAGGAAGUGUUGACUAAUCGCGGCUCCAUAGCUGUGGCUACGGGUCAUCGGACAGUAGCAAGAAGGCUUCUUGACCGCUUAGAGGAUGUCUUCAACAGGGACUUGCCAGAGGAAGGAUGCAGUUGCAUAAUGUGCGAGAAAGACGCAGAGAGGCAUCGCGGUCUAGGUUGGGGAGAGGUUCUGGAGAGGGUCAGUGGCCGUGUGGAAAUACCAUCGUGGCCGCCGUUUGAUAUAGGGACUCUGGGGGUCAAGGCGCCUGAAGGUGCACCGAGUGAGCCCCCACGGCCGUCUUCGCCGGUCAAAAUCGACCCCGACAUCGCAGAGGAGUUCCGAGAGCAUUACCUCCGCCAGUCCAAGAAGGUCAAGGCAGCUGUAGACCGGUGGCUUACAAAUUGUGCCGAGGCACCCGCUCCUCCUCCUCAGGAUGUCGACGACGAGACUCUCACUUUUGCCAUCCUCACGGCACUGGACCAAGAGGACCGGCCAUACUUCAACGCCCUCCUCACAGGGGCACGAGAGCUGCAGCCCGCCCUCCGAGCGCCAACACCCAUGCGCAAGCCCCGCGCAGAUCUUGUGAUCAAGUCCGGCUUGGCUUUGCAGAGGCUCUACAGGCUGCCACAGGCACCGCGCGAUGCUGAAACGGUAUGCUACCUCGUCAAGCACCCGCAGAUGCAUGACCUUCUCAGCACGAUAUGCGACAUCAACCCACCGGAGUGGGAGAUCCUCAUAUCAGGACGCUUCGAUGGCUUCCUCUGGUCAGGCGCAGAUGCUGACGACGAUGACGCCGUGACACCUACUGCGGGUCCGUCUCGGGGAGCAACACCAAACUUCUUCCCACAGCGCGGCCCGCCUUCUCGGGGGGCGACGAUGAGCCCUAAUAAUAUUGCCCGAUUCACGCCGGCGCUGGGGAUCGGCACGAGAAACACCACACCCUUCUCCAGGGGCGCCACUCCCGCCUCAUUCGUAUCUGGCGCGAGUUCUGCGUAUCCAAACAGGCAGGCCGUCUCCAACGACGAAGAGUCCGAGAUUGCAGUCCUUGCCGAACUUGAGCGGGAGAUUUACGUCGGCAUGGAAGCUCUGGAAGACGCCUUCGAGACCCUGCACCAGCGCGCUGAGCUCGUCCGCACGGCUCUCCGUCAGCGCGGGGCAGGCCUCUCCAUGAGCCUGCAGCAGCGCCGCGGCUACGGCCUGGCGUCGGACGCAAGCGGCGGAAUUCAAGUCCUUCCUCAGAGCGGCGGGUCGGUGCCUGGGAUGGACCGGCCCCAGUGGGCAGACGAGGAGAGCCUCGCGUCGGAGUCAACGGACGACUGGGGCAUCGAUGCGGACUGGGAACUGCGGCCUGAUGACUCCGCGAGUAAUAUUUCCAGCUCGCGACAGCGGAGGCCGAAGCGGAGGGACGAGCGAAGGAGCACGCCUGCACCUAUCAGGGAGGAGGAUGAGACAUAA